GCCGAGCGACGGAGUGCGCGCAGCGAUUUUUUUUUCUUUUUUUACUUACCGGUUGAAACCCGCGGAGAAGUGAUAGCUAUUAGCGGCGGCUACCGCCACCAUGGGACGACCCAGACGGAACACCGAUCGACCGCUUCCGGACGCUGCAGCCGGCCGCCCACCCGACGCCGACGCCGGUGCCAGGCCGUCUCCGUCAGUACCUGACGAACCCAACCGAGCAGUGCGCGGUGGCGACCGGCUUCGCCAUCUAGACCGGCUCGCCGUGCAGCUCAUCGACGACGGCCUGGCACCGGCGACCCGCCGCGCCUACGCAGCCGGGACGCGGCGGUUCCGGCGUUUUUGCCGCCGCCACGGCCUCUGCCCCCAGCCGGCCACAGAGAGCACGGUGCUGCGGUUUGUCGCCGACGGGGCACGCCGGGGCCACUCCGCGGGCGCCAUCACCGUGCACCUGGCUGGGGUGCGCCAGUGGCACAUCCGGCACGGGGCGGCGUGGGCGGGCCGCACGGAACGGGUUCGCCUGGCCAUCCGCGGAGCCGCCAAGCGCCCCCGCCCUCCCCGGCUACCGCGGCUGGCCGCCACGCCUGGCCACCUACGGGCGCUCCGCCGGUCCCUGCGGAGCGGCGACCUGACCGCCAAUGAUCGCGCCGCGGCAUGGGCAGCAGUGCUGCUGGGUUUCUUCGGGGCUCUGCGCGGAAGCGAAUACCUCGCUCCGGCCGCGCACUCCCACCACCACCGGCGCACCUGUCAGUGGCGUCACAUCUCGACCCACAGGGACCGGCUGGAGGUGCAGCUGCCCGCCUCCACGACCGACCAGCUCUACACCGGCACGGUGGUCAGCCUCCCCAAGCUGGGCGGCCCAUGCUGCCCCGUCCGCGCCAUGCGACGCUACCGCACGCUCCGGCCCGCCGCGCCUCCCGACCAGCCGGUCUUCGUCCGCAGCACCGGUGCCUACUGCACCCCGGGCUGGCUCAACGGGGUCCUCCGCCGCGCCGCGCUGACCGACACUGGCAAAAUCACCACCCACAGCCUCCGCAUAGGCUUCGCCACCGCCGCCGCCGCCGCCGCCGCCGCAGGUGUGACGGAGAGCGUCCUCCAGGUGUCGGGCAGGUGGCGCGGCUCAUCGUACCUCCGGUAUGUCCGUGGUCCCCGACUGGCCGUUUGGGAGGCGUGCCGCGCCAUAGUAUAGAAAUACAUUUGGG